AUGAGACACCUCAGCUCUUCGCUGCUUCUUCUGGCCCUUUGCCACUCCCUAGUGCUGGCCACUCUAGCAGCAACACAAACACUUGCACAGCAGGGGAAACAGAUGCAGCCAGAAAAUAUGCUGCAGGAGCUACAGACUCAGUUGGAGAGACGCCCUGCACAGAUGCCCGAAGAUGCAAACAUUCCGAAACAACCUGACAGUGCUUCUCCACCAGGACGAAAAGGAAUAGACAGGCUGGAGGAGGAGGGAGCGGCUGGCUUGCUUGGAAGUGAACAAGGCCCCACACAAGUUCCUGGAGACAGAACUAAUCCAGUCUCCUUCGAGCGCCCCGUGCAAAAUAAUGCAGAUUCAACAUCGGAAGAUAUUAGACUUAGCCCGCAGGACACUCAAGGGCGAGCUCCUGGAGGAGCAUUACGUGAUGGCAGAGCAGGAGACGACGCAGAGGCGCAGAGGUGGGCGAGAGAUAGAUUGAUGAGAAGCAGCAGGCUGAAAGCAGCGAAAGAAAGUGCCAGCAGCAUAGCUACGGUGCUGCAACCUGACGGGCUGAAUGAUCUUGUCAAUUACGCUAACGACAUGGCAACAGCUCAGGAGAAUAGUGGGCGAAAGCAGGAUCAGGAGAAGACAGCUUGUGAGCAGCAGCCGUGCGGUGAAGGCCAGCUGACGUGCAAGGGACCUAUCCGUGGCCACUUUUUGUGUACGUGCAAGGCUGGCUACACACUCCAUCGCCUUGAAGUAUUGCAACCAUUCUGCAUCAAGUCUUCUCGUAGUAGAAGCAGCAGCGAGGACGGUAGCAACAGUGUGCAGAGUGGGGCCUUUUCGAAAGGGCACAAAUGGAUUAUAGGGUGGUGCCUCGUCGGGGUGUGUGUGGGUAUAGUGCUGUUGGUUGCGUUAAUUUGGGGCGCAGUGUCAAUUUACAAAGCAAGGCGGUCGAAUGCACCUAAAAGCGUCAAAGAGGAGUUCUCAUCGCUACUUGAUGAUGAUAAAUCCAGCGUACAGAGCGUCAGCUCGAGGAAAGGUAACAGGAGGAGUAAAGCAGCGCGUGAUGCCUUUGUUGAAGUGGGAGAUGAUGAAUUUGAGGCUCAAGAACAUGGCAGGGUCUGA